AUGGUAUACAAUAAUAAUGCAUGCUUCUACAGUGUGGCUCUGGCAAAGCAGGGCACUGGAUUUCAACUGAAGGACCUUAGGGGAAAGAAAUCAUGCCACUCUGCUCUGGGAAAUGCUGAAGGCUGGAAUCUUCCAAUUGGUACUUUGUUAAGUAAAGGUAUAAUCGAUUGGGCAGGUCCUGACAACAAACCUCUUCUCCAAGCUGUGAGUGAGUUCUUCAGUUCGAGCUGUCUCCCUGGUGCUCAAGGAUAUCCAAAUCUGUGCCAGCUUUGCAAAGGGGACUGCUCAGAAACCUCAACCAAUGAAUACUACGGUGAUGAUGGGGCCUUUAAAUGUUUGGCAGAAGGUGCAGGAGAUGUGACUUUUAUGACUCCUAGUCCAAAUCCUACUAUGAUGGCAGAAGCAUCUGUACCAAACGACUAUGAGCUACUAUGCCAAGACAACAAAAGAGCACCCCUCGGCGAGUACAACACUUGCAAUCUUGGACGAGAACCAGCACAUGCCAUUGUCUCCCGCAAAGAUAACCAAUUAGCCCAAACAAUAUACACCAGCCUUAAAAGUGUUAAAGGAUUUAACUUGUUCUCAUCUGCAAUUUAUGGGGGCAAAGACUUGAUGUUCAGUGACACAGCCACAGACAUUCUUCAGGUUCCUGCAGACACAGACUCCUUCCUGUAUCUUGGUGCUGAAUACAUGAGCAAGCUCAACUCCCUCAAAGACCCGCGCCCCGCCCAUCCCACCUCCUCUAUCAGAUGGUGCGCUGUUGGACACCCAGAAACUGCCAAGUGUGACUUGUGGAUGGGCUUCAGUUACGUAGAAGCCACUGGCACCAGUGCAAUUGAAUGCCAGUCUGCUCCAACAGUGGAAGAAUGUUUCAAGAAAAUUAUGCGUCAAGAAGCUGAUGCAAUAGCAGUAGAUGGUGGGCAGGUUUAUACAGCAGGGAAGUGUGGUUUGGUUCCAGCUAUGGCAGAGCAGUAUGAUGAUGCUAAAUGUAACAGUCCAGCAUCAACAUCCUCUUAUUAUUCUGUGGCUGUGGUUAAGAAAGGAUCAGGAGUAACCUGGGACACCCUUAAAGGGAAAAAGUCUUGUCAUACUGGCAUUGGCCGAACAGCAGGUUGGAAUAUCCCCAUGGGCCAUAUCCACAAACAAACAAAUAGCUGCGACUUCAGCACAUUCUUUGCUAGUGGCUGUGCCCCUGGAGCAGAUCCUAACUCUGCAUUUUGUACAAACUGUAAAGGCAGCGGAAAGGCCGUUGGAGAUGAGGCAAAAUGCAAAGCCAGUUCAGAAGAGAUGUAUUACGGCUAUGCUGGAGCUUUCAGAUGUCUUGCGGAAGAUGCCGGUCACGUGGCUUUCAUUAAACACACAAUUGUUGGGGAAAACACAGAUGGACAUGGUCCUGAUUGGGCAUCGGGUUUGAGGAGUGAAGACUUCGAGCUGAUCUGUCCCGGGAAGAGUGACCCAGUGCCAAUUAGUGAAUAUGCAUCAUGCAACUUGGCUGCAGUGCCUGCACACGCUGUUGUUACAAGACCCGAACUCCGGAGUAAAGUAGUUUCAGUUCUCAUGGAUCAACAGGUUAAUUCUGAUUUUGCCAAGUUUGGGAUAACUGGCAGCAAUGGCCAAUUUAGGAUGUUCGAGUCACAGGGAGGAAAAAACCUUCUCUUUAAAGACUCCACAAGAUGUCUUCAGGAGACACAAUCCAGUUCAUAUGAAGAGUUUUUGGGGCAAGAAUACAUGACUAUCUGGAGAAAUCUUGCACUUUCCAAACCUGUCCAUAAAAUCAUUCUGGAAUCUUUUCCAAAAGAUGUCAAACUCUGUCCAGUGUAAUUUCUGCAAAAGGUCCUUCCAAAACAUCUUCAAUAGAAUAUAACACA